AAGUGCUCAAAAUUUGUUGUCAAUUGCUUUUGAAAUUACAGCAACGACACCGGAAUUAACGAGUUCCGUAACAAAUAUUGCUUAUGCUCUGUCUUAUGUUUUCAGCAUACCUGUUUCUUCUUUGUCCCCCUCUUACGAUGGCAUGGCCAACAGUUCUUUCUCUUCAUCAUAUUUUCUAACCAGUUUUGGUUUUGCUGCUGAAUCAUCAAUUUUUCCUACAGCUGCUAUUUCUCCCACGACAUCGAUUUCCACAGCAAAUAGUUUCUUUUAUGGAAUGAUUUUGUCUUCAAGCUCUUCUCAAGUUCCAUUGUCGAUAAGCAUAAGCGGGGUGACCAAGAGCACUGACAUGGCUCUGUCGUCGUCAAUAGAUAUCAACGAGUGUGAAUUAGGCUCUGGACCUUGUCAUGUAAAUGCCUCCUGCACCAAUUACGUUGGCUCGUAUGCAUGCUCUUGCAACCAAGGAUUCACUGGCAAUGGCACAAGCUGCAGUGAUAUAAAUGAAUGCAAUGCAACACCUGCCCCUUGCAAUGUUAAUGGGGUCUGUUCUAACACAGUUGGUUCGUAUAGCUGCUCUUGCAAACCUGGCUAUCAAGGGAAUGGAACAUUUUGUGGCGAUAUCAAAGAGUGUGAAUUAGGCUCUGGACCUUGUCAUGUAAAUGCCUCCUGCACCAAUAAUGUUGGCUCGUAUGCAUGCUCUUGCAACCAAGGAUUUACUGGAAAUGGCACAAGCUGCAGUGAUAUAAACGACUGCAAUGCGACGCCUGCUCCUUGCAAUGUCAAUGGGGUGUGUUCAAACACAGUUGGCGCCUACACUUGCUCUUGCAAAUCGGGUUACCAAGGAAACGGAAAAGUAUGCACAGACAUCAAUGAAUGCCUUGACUAUAGUAAACACAAAUGUGAGCACAACUGCAGCAACACAGCGGGUUCUUUUUCCUGUUCUUGUCUUGCUGGUUAUCGCUUGAUUAACAACACAAAAUGCGCUGAUAUUGACGAAUGUCAAGAGGGACUGCAUAACUGUCAUAUGUUUGCCACUUGCCUAAAUAAACUUGGCUCCUUUGCUUGCUCCUGCAAUGCUGGCUAUACUGGAAAUGGAAAGUGGUGUAGAGAGGAUCGACUAUUCAUAUUUAAUCAAGAAUUACUCCAAUCAAAUGUUGACGAUAAAACAAUCCGGUUGUUCGUUUCAUCUGGCAUUCCUCUUGGCAACAGGAUACACAAAACAUUAUAUGGUUGCUCAAAUGGAUAUUUCAGUUUCACGAAAAAGUUCUGUAACUGGAACCCAGAUUUCGCUGUCGGCCAUGACAUUGUAGGAGCAUAUUGGCAUGACUUGGACUUUCGUGGUGGUGAAGGUGGAUUUCUAGCAACAAGGCAUGACAACACUGAAACAGAUCAAAUCAGUGUCAAACUCUUUAAUCAGACAAGAAACUACUUGCAAAAGUAUUCCAACGUGACAAAUUUUAAUCCAACUUCAGUAGUGCUCGGAACAUGGAAAAAUGCCACUCCAUAUCCUUACUACAAUUACAUAGGAAAAAAUACGUUUGCCACUUUCCAAAUCAAUAUAGCAACGGAUGGAAAAACAACCCAUGUAUCAGUUGUUUAUGAUGAUGGAGGAGUGACAUGGUCACAGGAUUGGAUUAAUCCUCAGAUCGGCUACAUUCGGAAUGUGGCAAGCAACAGAGAUGCAUUCAAGAUGAAACUGAAUUCUGUAGGCUUUCCUAAUACCUAUGGUUUUGAUGCUAUUGCUGGAAAUACAAAUCAUCCGGGCAGAUGGUCCUGGAAACUUGCCGAUAAUUUAGAUAACAAUGAUGCUGUUUGCUAUGCCUGGUACAGCAAACAGCCAAGUGCUUUAUACAUCAAUGCAAUAAAGACGAAUAGUAGAAGUGACUGUCCUUGUCUUUUUGCCCAAGUCAUCUUAGACAGAAGGUUUAGAUUUUCGUCGUCUACGACUAGCGUGGUUUGCUUUUCACAACGUAAUACAUUUACCUUCAUUGGGACAUCGGUGUCAUUCCAUACAGCAUGCUGUUACAGUUGGAUUGAUUUGUCAUUAAUUAACACUUUGAUACCUGAACUGGGAAUUGCAACACAGAUGCAUAUUUCACAGCAAUUUAGCUGGUUUUUUAUCCUGGCUUCUCGAUAUUAUCGACAAGUCUCAAGAAGCCAGGCAAUCAUUGAUGACAAAAAUGCAUUCAGUGCUUGUUGUGAACGGUCGUCGCUAUGUUACUUGUACACAGAGAAGCGUCCAGUUCCAGCUUGUUCCCGUUACGUUCCUCCCAUAAUGGCAUGGACUGGAGGAGACCCACACAUUCAGACUUUAGACGGCUUUACCUAUACCUUUAACGGGAUUGGUGAUUAUACUUUGUUGGCAGUAAGGAACAGCAGCGAGUUCUUAAUUCACAGCAGAAUGAGCAUAGCCACAGUUAGUUCCAAUUCGUCAGCAGACAGGUCAAGGGCAACUGUAUUCUCUGCUUUUGCUAUGAAGACAGAUCAAGGAGCAUUGGUCGAGAUCUACCUUAACACCACAACUGGCAUUGUAGAGCUGUAUGUGCAGAAAAAGUCGUAUCCGACAAGCUCCUUCAGCGCAACUCAAACUAUCAAUGGUACCGACAUAACAUGGACAUCUGGCAACAAGACGCAGUUAACGGUCAUUUACGAAUCUGGAGUAAGCAGUGUUGUUGAUGUAUUUGAAAACCAGCUGACAAUUCAAGUGACAUCCUCGUCAAAUUUUUACAAUAAGACAAUGGGGCUGCUUGGACUAAACAAUGGCGAUACGUCAGAUGACUUCACAAGACCGGAUGGGUCAACACUUCCAAUCAACUCGACCCAAGAAACUAUUUAUUAUGAAUUUGGAAAGCUUUGGAAUGUAACAAGCAAUGAAUCGCUGUUCUCGCUGCCAUUCCUGGAGGCGAACGACAGCUUUGUUCCUCUUUUCUACGACAAUAUCGAAGAGCUUUUUGGUAACAACACACAACUUAAAAGUGAAGCAGAGACUAUAUGUGGUGCAAAUAACUUUGUUUGUCUGUUUGAUUACGUGAUGACCAAGGAUACGAAAGCUGUCACAGAGUCUCAAUCGUCGCUUAAAGUCUUUGAAGAAGAAGAAAAAAUCUUAAAAACAUAUCCACCCACCAUGACUGGACCAUCAACUUUGACUGUUACAUACCAGCAACAGCAGAAUUUCCACGUCUUUGCAUCAAGCAACAUAUCAUCCAAGCUUGUGUACUCCGUUGCGACAAAUGACACUAACAUCUCAAUAGACCCAGAUUCUGGUAAUGUGACGUGGUUUGUCAACAGCAGUGACUUCCGUCUGAAAUUUGUGGUUACCGAUUCUUUCAACAACACAGCUUCUCUUUCACCAACUGUUACCCUGUGCUAUUGUUUGAAUGGGGCUACCUGUGAUCCUACUGUUAUGAAUUCACAGUCCCAGCCAAUAAACAACCUCCUUUUCUACGGUGAAUGUUCCUGCGCAGCUGGCUUUACCGGAGCUUUCUGCCAAGAGACAGUUAGCUACUGUACAGAAGACCCUUGCUUCGAAGGAGUCAACUGCACAGACAAUGCCACAGCUAAGGCAGCAGACUGCGAUCCAUGUCCAACUGGAUAUAUCGGUGACGGUCGCAAAUGUUUCGAUUUCGAUGAAUGCGUUAAUAAGACAAGCAAAUGCAAUCAAAUUUGUACCAACACACUUGGCAGCUACAACUGUUCUUGUUAUUCUGGAUAUAGUCUUACUAACGAAAGCUACUGUUCCGACAUCAACGAAUGUACUCAAGGCUCUCACGACUGCAGCCCUUUGGCAACCUGCAUCAAUACACUUGGGAAAUAUAAUUGUUCCUGCAACUCUGGGUAUACUGGAAAUGGCACAUUUUGUGGAGAUUUCAAUGAAUGCCUGUUGGUUUCUACCAAUGAAUGUGAUCAAAUUUGCAACAAUAACAUCGGUGCAUAUAAUUGCAGUUGCAGAGAAGGAUACAGUUUAGUAAAUGGAUCACGCUGUGAAGAUAUCAAUGAAUGUUUAUCUAGCGCCACAAAUCAGUGCCAGCAUAUAUGUACCAACAAUAUUGGUGGAUACAAUUGCAGUUGCAGAGAAGGAUACAGUUUAGUAAAUGGAACACAUUGUGAAGAUAUCAACGAAUGUUCAUCUAAUGCCACAAAUCAGUGCCAACAUAUAUGUACCAACAAUAUUGGUGGAUACAUUUGCAGUUGCAGAGAAGGAUACAGUUUAGUAAAUGGAACACAUUGUGAAGAUAUCAACGAAUGUUCAUCUAAUGCCACAAAUCAGUGCCAACAUAUAUGUACCAACAAUAUUGGUGGAUACAAUUGCAGUUGCAGAGAAGGAUACAGUUUAGUAAAUGGAUCACGCUGUGAAGAUAUCAAUGAAUGUUUAUCUAGCGCCACAAAUCAGUGCCAACAUAUAUGUACCAACAAUAUUGGUGGAUACAAUUGCAGUUGCAGAGAAGGAUACAGUUUAGUAAAUGGAACACGCUGUGAAGAUAUCAACGAAUGUUUAUCUAGCGCCGCAAAUCCUUGCCAGCAAAUAUGCCAUAAUUCUGUAGGCAGCUACAACUGCUCCUGUUAUCACGGCUACAAAUUAGUGAAUUCAACUAAUUGCGAAGAACACACGUCAGUAGGUCAGCACUCCUGGUCACCAUCCAUACUGGGAGAUAAAAUUCCGGCUUCUGCUUCCAUUUUGACGCCCUAUUCUACGCAAGACAGCUCGCUGUAUAUUAGUACUUUUGCCACUUUGUCAGACGAUGUCACAUCCAUGUCCAGCAGCUUUUUUGGCAGUCAUUCUUCAAUUGUUAGUGUUCAAGCUUCGCCUUACUCUGAUAUAGUCUCCCUUCAAACAGUUGACGGAAGUGUGAAAACUAUAUCUAUUGAAAAUUUAAAAACCUUUUCCGCAUCAUAUGGAGAAGUUCAGAGUACAUCUUCUAGUGCUGUCUUGGUGGAACCAAGUUCAUUGCCUACCAGAAUCCAGUCAGACAUCAGUAGAUUUCAGCCUGUGAAAUCUUCUACAGAAAUCCAGGAAACUUUGUCAUCUGCAGCCAUUAGCCAGCUCUCUUCAGCAAUCGAAAGCUCAAUAACUCAGAUACCAUUGCAGAAAACAUCAUCAUUUGCAACGGUUUUGACGACACUAAACACUUUAAGUCCGUCGAAAAGCACCCCUGACGCUCUUUCUUCAGCAGCUGUAAGUUUGAACAUCGAAACAUCAGCUGGAGCAAUUCAGAGUACAUCUUUUAGCGCUGUCUCAUUGGUUGAAACGAGCUCAUUGCCUACCAGAAUCCAGUCAGACAUCAGAAGACAUCAGCCUUUGAAAUCUUCUUCAGAAUUCCAGGAAACCUUGACAUCUGCAGUUGUUAGCCGAUUCUCUUCACUAGUCGAAAGCUCAGUUGCUCAGUCAUCAACAUUUGCAACUGAUUUGACAACACUAAGAUCUUUAAAUCCUUCGAAAAGUACUAUAAACGCUUUCGUUUCGGCGGUUGCCAGCUCAGAGAUUGUUUCAAAAUCCAAGCAAGUCACUUCUAUGAUAGGAUCAACAGUUUCUGAUACUCUUUCGAUUACAGCUGCGUCUGAAACAGUGAGUGAUUUUAGCAGUGUAUUGUCGCCAUUUUUGACAGUAAUCCCAUCCGUAGUAGAUCCUACAUCUUCGGAUAAAAAAGUAACUGCCUCAACCACGUCUUUGCUUAAAGAAGAAAACUUCUCCGACACUUCAUCUGCAACCAGAACGUCUUCAAUACCAAGUUUUAUCACAAUACGUCCGACCACAACAACCUCCUCUUCAUUCAGUUAUUUUACCAGUCCAUCCACACAAUAUCUCGUUUCCAUUACAUCAGCUUCUUCAUCAUUGCGAUCAGAGGACGGGGGCGGCUCAUCAGUACCAAAAACAGUGAAAACUGGCGCUGUUCAAACUACUGCUCAAUUCCCCUCAAGUCAAUCUUUUGACGAUAAAACCACUCAAAUUGCUCCUAUAUCUGCAUCGACAAGUUCUGCUCCUGUGGUAUCAGUUAGCUUGUCUUCCUCGAAACAGAUUCCUGCAAGCAUCAUUUCUAGUUCUGCGUUCUCAUCAACGACCAAUAAGACGUCAUCACCAGGCAUCACGAAAACGACUUCUUUCGCAGCUGCUCUCUCAUCAUCUAGUAGCAGCGUCUUCCAGCCAGUGACAACAACCAUUACAACGCUGCCACCCACUACUACGUCAAAACCAGGUGCCUGCCAAACCAACCCUUGUCGAAACAAUGGACAGUGUCAACUACUGAAUGGCCAACCAAAAUGCAUCUGCCCAAAUGGACUCACAGGAGCAACCUGUGAAAGCAAUCUCAUCAUGGUAGAAGGAAACGUUACUGUACCUAACUUGAUAUUGAAUGGCCAACCAUUGGACCUUGAAUCACAGCAAACAAAAGAUGAUUUAAAGAAUAGCUCUUCUCCUCUAUACAAAGAUCUUGUCGCUUUAUUGCAGCCAGAGCUACUUCAAAAAUUCAGAUCAGUACGACCAAAUGUUGAGGACGUCGUUAUAAAGGCAUUUAGGAUUGGUAGUUUGAUUAUUGAUGUGGAGAUUAUUUUCGGUUCUACGUUCAAUGAAACUCUUGAUUCACUGGAGACAGUUUUCCAUGAUGCCAUCAACAACUCUCUUCUUGGGGUAGUUGCAAAAGUCGAGCUAACAGAUGCCAAUGAAUGUUUAACGAAAAAAUACUGCCACACAUCGGCUAUAUGCACAAAUACACACACUUCAUAUAAGUGCGAAUGCAAGCCUGGUUAUAAAGGAAAUGGCUUUUCGUGUGAAAUAAUAGUGCACAAUUAUCGUGAUAUUGCAAUUGGGGUGACCGUUGGCUUGAUUAUCCUGCUGCUACUUUUGAUUUUGUUGAUAAUUUUACUGAUAAAGCGAAGAAAGAAAGAUAAAGCGUUCAUAUCAGACCGCACAUUGGAGAUAUUUGCGAGCCACAUCGAUCGGAAAAUGCGAGCUCGUCCAGUAGAAGUAACAGAUCUGCCAAAAUCUGAUAGCUUUGGAGCAACUGAAUUCUCAAGGAUUCCUCCAGAUUUUUUUUAUACAGAGCAUGAUUGCUAAAAAUCGCGUAUAUAUUUAUUACAUACGUAGAAUAAUGACAAGGGUAUCUUUCAUACGAAUAUUAUUAAUGUAAAAUUUAAACAAUUGUGACGAGAAUGCUGUUUUACAAACGCAUAGAAGCUUUAGUUCGUAGUUCAGAAUACCUUCAUUUUUUCAGCAUUUAUUUAGGAAAACAUAUCACAAUUUUUCUUGCUUAGAUGUGUAGCUAUCUGCUUCUGUGACAUAAUGGAAAGCAUGGUACGAGCUGUUAUCGAUUAUGUUACAGAAAAGAAAUGUUUAAUGGCGAAAGAAAAUCAGGUUCUUUAAAAGCCCUAAAAGUAAAAUUAUACAGUUUUACACCUUUGACAUGUAAGUCCCGUGGCAAAACGGAUUAUCCGGUCGAUUCUUUUGUAUCAUAUAGCCUCACUUUCGCUAUUGCCUUUAUGGAGGCUACUGCCUCACUUAAAUGCAAUAGCGUAAAGAAAGUCUGAGUCCAUUCCCGACCUAUGGAGUAAAUCUAAUUUCCUCCAAGUGUCAUAGUUCAAUUUUCAUAGUUAACAUUAUUAACAAUGAAUUGUUAAAUUUCUCAGUCUUAUUUCUAUACUUUGUCGUGUCCAUAUAAACAAAUUACAUCAACCCCUUCACCUCCUCUUCCCCCUAGUAUUUCUAGUUAACUUGAGGUGAGAAGAAAUUUGUUAAUAGUUUUCAGAAUAUUCUGUUAAUAGAAAAAAUACUUCGCAGAAUAUUCUCGUUUUGAAAAAAGGCCGCCGCCCGGUAUUCUAGCAGAUUGAUAAACAUUUUAUUUAAUUUUAUAGAAUUCAUUUUGAAAUUGUCAAUUUUUUAAAAAAAUUAUUUUUAUAU